CGCCGGGCCGUUUGCUGCAUCUGGAGGCGCUCACUGGAUAAUCUCCAACAGCGGAGCGGGCCUUCAGCUACCAUCCCAGGCUCGCCUCGAUAAGAAGCUCUGAGCACUGUAGAUCUCUUCCCCUUUCUUCUGAGUCUUCUCUUCCAACGCCCGGGAAGCAUGUACCCAGCACCCCGCCGAGCCCAACCCCUUUGAUUCCCGGACCUCUCAAAGCUAUGCAGGCGGCAAGGCAUUAGACAUUUCGGAUCUCACCAGCUGCUGUGGGGCAAAGCUCUUCAAGACCUGAAGUGCACAUUGAGCACCAGAGGCCCUAUGACCCUGGGCAGGCCAGGGGAGGGGGCCACCAUGCUUCCGACAUUCACUCUCUUGCUUUUUUGCAUUUGGCUGAGUCUGGGUAUGACGUCAAUAGCAAUGCAGUCUCAACCGGAGCUGUGGAUAGAGACCAGCCACCCCCAGGCUCCUUGGGAGAACAUCACACUUUGGUGCAAAAGCCCCACUCGGAUUUCAAGCAAGUUCCUGCUGCUGAAGGAUAAGACACAGAUGACCUGGAUCCGCCCUUCCUACAAGACCUUCCAAGUUUCAUUCCCCAUAGGUGCCCUUACUAAGUCUAAUGCAGGUCUUUACAGAUGCUGCUACUGGAAGGAGACAGGCUGGUCAAAGCCCAGUAAAGUUUUAGAGUUGGAGGCACCAGGCCGGCUGCCCAAGCCCAUCUUCUGGAUCCAGGCUGAGACUUCCCCUCUUCCUGGAUGUAAUGUUAACAUACUCUGCCACGGCUGGCUGCAGGAUUUGGUAUUCAUGCUGUUCAAAGAGGGAUAUGCAGAGCCCGUGGAUUACCAAAUCCCAACUGGGACAGUGGCCAUAUUCUCUAUUGCCAACAUGACACCUGAGAGUGAAGGGGUUUACAUCUGCCGCACUCAUAUCCAGAUGCUCCCCACCCUGUGGUCAGAGCCCAGCAACCCCCUGAAGCUGACUGUGGCAGGUGGGUGUGGCUAUGGCUGCUGGGGUCUGAUGAUCGUUGUCCCUGGGAUCAUGGUUGGAUAAAUCAGGGUUUCUGAUUUUACUUCCCUCUCCCAUUUCCAAGGCCCUGCAAGGCUCAUGAGCUACAGUCAUUUGCCAUUUUACUGAGGUGCAAAUUAAAAUCACACAUGCUUAGGAGGCAGAUGUGUGGGAGCCAAUCACUUGGCUAGUGAGUGAGCCCAAUGUCCAGCAGCUUCAGUGCAUCAUAGCUUUGUUGUUCUCCACUUGUUGACUAUCAUACAUUCAUUCAUUCAUUCAGCUAAUAUUUAUUGGGCACUUAAUAUGUGCCAGGCACAGCCACUGUAGUCUUAUAAACUGAUUUUUUGCAUUUUAAAUAUAUUUUUAUUCUACUUGUGAUUACUAUUUUUAAGUGUGGAAAAUAGAAUGAAUUGCUAGUGCCAGUGAUAAAAAAUGACAAGGAAAGUGAUAGUUCAUAUUUUAGAAAUGAUUCUAUGAAUUACUACAUAAGCUCUAUAUAUAGUCCUGUAUAUAUAGACCCCCUAAACAGUACCAAGCUUCAAACACAGCAGAAGUCUUCCCAGGAUGCCCAAAUGCCAGACACACAGCCCAGCCCCAACUCCCUCACCCCAUGGCCUAGAUGCUUCUAGACAGAAUUGGCCACAUUUGCUUUAGUUCCUCCAUCAAGUUAAAUAGGCUUGUGGUGCUACAGAAAGCAUCCUGGACUUAGAAGCAGUAAUCCUGGUUUCUAGUUCACCUCUGACGCCACCUCCCUGUGUGAUCUUGAGAAAGUGACUUCAUCUCUCUGUGCUUCGGUUUCCUCCACUCUAAAAUGGGAUAACAGUACCUAUACAGUCUACCAUGUGAUGUCUCUCUGUGCCUCAGUUUCCUCAUUUGCAAAAUUGGUAUUAUAAUAAUAAUGCCUACCUCACAGGGUUGUUGUGAGGAUUUGCCUAUAUGUACAGUGCCUGACACAUAAGU